GAAUGCUUUCUCACUUUCAGUAAUAAAACAUCGACUGUAAAAAGAUAGUGAGAGAGGAAAAUCAAAAAGCAAUCGAAUAAGGUUCCACUGAUUCGAUUCAUCCCGUUCUAAAUCCGCUCUAAAUUCCCAAGCUUCUUCCUCUUUGUGCUGGCAAAACGUAAAUCUUGAGAAAUCUGUUCAUAUUCAUACACAUUACAUAAUACAUACAGAGAGAGUGAGGAUGAUGGUAUGGACGAGAAGCUGAAGGGGAGAUGGCGAGAGGAGAGUGUUCUUACAAGAGAACGACUUUGGUUGUUUGUUCAGUGAACAUUGUUGUUGCUCUCUAUGUGCUCCACUCUCUCUACGCUUCUGUUUACAACUACUCCUUCGCUGACACUCACACCAUAUUUAAAUACAAUGCAAAUCAGAUUAGCAAAAUGGAAGAGUCGAAUCGAAUACGGAAAGCAGCAGAACCCACAGAACUUAUUCGAUUGAUCUCACAGCUAAAGGAAAAAUUUGCAAGUGAAGAAAGAGUUGAAGAAUUGCCCCACAGUUUGAAAAAAAAGCUGAUACAUGAGAUCCUAGAUAAGUUCAGAAGCUUAGAUGCUGCUGCCAAUGGGACGGAGCAACGGGAUGCAAUAGAAUCCUGGCGCAAACAAAAAUUAAAAGAAGCUAAAAAACUUAUUUGUGGGAAAAUGUUAAACACAACAAUUUUACCUGAGGAAGCCGGCGCUGUUUCAAGAGCUUUAGGUUCUGGUUGGUCUGACAUGUCAGAAGAGAUUGGUCUAUGGAUACCAGUACCAAUUAUUAACAAGGAACACGACAAACCUGAGGGUGAACAAGAGUCCGAUGAAGAAGUCUUACCAGGCCGAAAACUACCUCCUGAAUGCAAUGCUGAACUGCAUAGUGAUUAUGAUGGGGCUGCUGUAAGAUGGGGACUUACUCACCAUAAAGAUUCUGCUUACGAGUGUUGUAUGUCGUGUUUGGAUCAAGCCAGACGUGCCAAACCUGGUGACAAGAAAUGCAAUAUAUGGGUCUAUUGCCCAUCGGAGAGAGGAUGCUACUCUCCGGAUAUUUACGAACAUAAAAAUGGCGAGUGCUGGCUAAAAUACUCGGAGACACCAAGACUGAACUUUAAAGACAAGUAUCCAGAAUCAUACCGAGAUGCACAUCCGAAUGCUCCGGUUUUUGUGCCGUGGGUGUCCGGUGUCGUCACCGUAGUAGGUGGAACAAACAUCUAGUGUCCAGUUAGUUGUGGAUGAUCAUCUCUCUCUUAAAGCAAGGACUGAGAAAACUGGUUGAUGAGAUGCUUACAAUAAGCUCCAAGAAUGGUAGUAUCAUGGUUUAUUGACAGUACAAUAUCUGUGUAUAAAGAUGUGAAAAACGCCUAAAUGGAGUGUGUUUGAAGAUGUGAAGAAUAUAUCUGCAGCUCCAGAGGCUGCUCGUGCUGCUGCUACCUUCUUACACUCGUCUCCUUCCUCUUCGAAGGCAAAAACACUGAUCAAAAGUUGAUCCAUACGAUGCUGGAAAGGCUGAUAAAGUUGAACCUAUAGCUGCAGCCAAACUCGAUAAGUCUCUUUGUUACACUUGCGUGUGAAUAUCUCAUCUCAUUAGAGCCGGAUUGUUGUUGUAGUUCAUUCUACCGUUUAGUGCAAGUGUUGUCAUAUAAUUUUAUGCCAUUCUUCAAGCUUUCACACUGAAGGGAGUACGGUUUCGUUCACUACAUUUGAGUUCUCGCAGCACCUGAAAGGUUUGGCUUUGAUAGACUGGAAACUUGAUCAAGAGAAUGUCUUGGAUUAUUAAGAGAUGUUGAAGAUUAGGAACAUAUGUAGGGGUUGAUAAUGUUUAGGCUAAUUUCCUAUGUAAUUUUGUUGAAGAAACCGAAAACAGAGUAGAUAAACAGUUGUGAGAAUUACUUUGCAUUCAAAACAUGAUUGCUUUCAUUAAAA